CAUAAAUGCAGUCCAGACAUCCAAGAUCCAAGGUCAGACCAGCCUCUCUCUGUCUAGAAACAAUCAACAGAGAGAGAGAGAGGGUUUUGGUGAAGAUGAAUAAGUUCUCUAUGCUCUUCUUCUUCUUUGUUACCCUCAUCCUCAUCUCCUCCCCCCAAGCCACUGCUCGAUCAUCAAUCAUUCUCAAGCCCCAAUCUCUUCCCUCAUUCGCUCCCAACAUUUCUCAGAGUAGUUCUGCGAGCUGUUCAUACACGGUGACUAUAAGGACGAGCUGUUCUUCACCUAGGUACACUCGAGAUCAAAUCAGUCUAUCGUUUGGCGAUGCUUAUGGCUAUCAGGUUUACGCACCGAGGCUAGACGAUCCAUCUACCAGAACGUUUGAGCGGUGUUCAGUGGAUACGUAUCAGAUAUACGGGCCGUGUUUGUACCAAGUCUGCUAUUUGUACCUGUACAGGAGCGGAUACGAUGGUUGGAAACCAGAGUCAGUGCAAGUCUAUGGGUAUUAUACAGGCACUGCUUCCUUCUACUAUAACACUUACAUACCGAACAAUGUUUGGUAUGGGUUUAACUACUGCAGUGGUGCUUCUGCUUCUACCUCAGCCUCCACAUCGGCUAUGAAAUGGUUUGGACGUGUGUUUCAGAUGUUGUUUUGCGUUGAGUGCUGGAAAGGUCUGUUUGGUUCAGUGUAAUGAUAGUAAUCUGUUUGUUUGUUUCUGUGUUGAAGGAUGAGUAUGAUGACUGUAAUUGAGGAUUGGGCUAAUCACACAGAUCUUUCUUUUGGUAUAUGACAAUUGCACGAAUUUUCUCUGCAGUUUUUGGAAUUCCGUUAGAAUUGUUAGUUAACUGCAGUCAACUGUAUAUGUAUAAUUACUAUUUUACCCUUUUUCAACAUCA